ACCUGUGAUGUGCGUGUCAUGAAUGGCUAACGCUAUGCCGGACUUUGUCCUUGAGCGUAAUGAUAGCAAUCUUUAUUCAUUUUUCGUUGCUAAUAUUAAGGUAACGUUCGCCGGCACUCGGGAACUUUCCGCUAUUUUAGCGUGUUUUUAGACCGGAAAAAUAUGUAUCCCGAUUGAUCGAUAUUUUUCACAUACAGUGACAUUUUAGUUAGGUUGUUCGUGUACCUUUAAAACAGCAUAUUCUUUGUUAAUAUUAAUGGAAAUAUGAAAACUUCAUAUGAGUUUAUUAUACAAGAGGCCCACUUUUACAACAUUAAUUACGAUAUGUUAAAGAGAUGAUAAUUUUAUUGAUAUAGUAGAAAAAAUGAUUAAUCAAGAAUUAUCAACAUCUUUAUCUUUGAACACAAAUCAAUACACAGAGACUGAGGAUGAACCAACAGAUAAUUUAUAUCUUGCACUGAUACAAUGCUUUGGUAUUAUACUAUGUGGAUAUCUAGCGGGAAGAUUUGGUAUGAUGACAAAAACCGAAGCAAAUGGCUUAAAUACUUUUGUGGGUACUUUUGCUUUGCCAUCGCUAAUCUUCAUGUCUCUGGCAAAACUUGACUUCACCUUGGUUAAUUGGAAAUUUUUACUCGCUGUACUGCUUGCUAAGAGCUGUGUGUUCAUUACAGUACUCGCAGUUUCAUUAGUAAUUAAAAAGCCAUCCAAUCCUGGACGUGCUGCACUCUUUGCAAUAUUUACUACUCAAAGCAAUGAUUUUGCUAUUGGAUAUCCAAUGAUUGAUGCUUUAUAUGGAAAAACACAUCCAGAAUAUGCUGCAUAUCUAUAUCUGAUGGCGCCUAUAUCGCUGGCCAUUUUAAAUCCGAUAGGUUUCGUAUUGUUGGAAAUAGGCAAGCGACGCGUGGAGGAGAACACAAAUUGUAGGAACAUGGUUUAUUCCAUCGUGAAAGGUGUCAUACUGAAUCCAGUACUGUUCAUGACAGUCUUGGGCAUUAUAGGCAAUCUUAUAUUUAGUCACAGCGUGCCGCGCUUACUAGCCGCAAUUCUCGAAGUACUCGGUAAUGCUUUCUCCGCUAGCGCAUUGUUCCUUCUUGGCUCAAUGAUGGUAGGAAAGAUACACAAAUUGAAAGGUACUGCGCUAGUUAUACCGGGUAUAUUGAUCUCGGUGAAGCUGCUAGUUCUGCCUCUAGUCAUAAGAGAAUCCAUUAUUCUCUUGAAUGCCGGAGAUAACUUGACGGAAACGAGAAAUUUGAGUACUUACGGCUUUCUAUACGGUACUAUCCCGACAGCACCAGCUUUAUUUAUUUUCACUUUGCGAUAUAAUCUCGAAAUCGAUCUAAUCGCGUCAGCGAUGGUAGCUUGUACGUUUCUCUCUGCUCCACUUAUGUUUGUAUCAGCUAAAGUGGUUAACGCAGUUUAUGCUGGAAUUACACCAGCUAAUUAUGCACGACAACUAAAUACUUUUUCCUUUGAUAUAAGCGUUGCAUCAGUAAUAGCUUGUAUAUGGUUAUUGAUAUGUUUUCUUGGAUUUGGACGGAAAAGAUAUAAUAAAGUCACUCAUCGAUGCACUUUGUGUCUUGUAAUUGCGCAGCUCGCAGCAGUGAUCGGUGUGAUUAUUUGGUCAAAACUUGAUCCAAGCGGUAAUCGAUCAACAUUAUGGUACAUUCAGUUCAUUUUAAUAACCACUGGUGUAUAUGCAAGCAGGAUAUGGACGGCUGCAAUUGCAGCAACAUUACUAUUUCUGAGUUCACGUUCAUUAUCCUUUGUUGAAAAUCUUCAAAAAUGGUUUUAUCCUAUUGGAUGGGGAAUACCACUUUUAAUGGUGACAAUAAUGUGCAUUGUUACACAAACUCCAUCUGAAUUUGAUUUAAAAAAUCCGAAUUUUCAAUUGAGCAGAACUCAAGCUGCUGCAUCUUCAUUCAUAUUAAUAUUUUGCUUUAUAGUGACAUUAGGUUGUUUGGUGUUACAACAGAGAUAUCAAAGAAGACACAUCACAAUGUCAUAUGAACAUAUAAGAAACAAUACAGAAAAUACUACAGUCGAAAAUAAUGAAAGAAAUAUAGUAGAUGUGGAAGAUUUAGUUUCUCCAUUAAUUAAUGCACCUAUAAUUGGCUGUGAAUUUCAAAAUGGUUGUCCGAAUGGAGCAUGCAGAGAUAAUGAUUUACAGAGAGAUUGUGAUGAAGAAAAUGAAACAGAUACAGAUAAUGAUCCUCAGAUUUUGCGACAUCUCGUUUUCCUUAUUUUACUGCUGUGUUCCAUGUUUAUUGGUUUAUCGAUAUCUGUGGGAACAUUAAUAAUGGAGCAGUUAACUGGUAUUUAUGCAGAACUUGCAUUUUUGGAUGUGGCAUUGAACUUUGGACAAUCUUUAAUAGCGUUUGCCAUCUUUGGACUAGAUCCUAGUUUGGGUAAAUUGGGAGGUUGGCUUCGAAAAAUAUGCAGAAAGUGGCAAUCUGGAAAAGAAUUACAGUUACCUUGCGAAAAUGCUCUUAGUACAGAAGUAAGAGCAAUCCGAGAGCAAUUUAAUCAAUGUCACUUGGAAGCAUGUCGGGCACGUAUAUCUAUGUGCCGCAGGCGAUUGUUGAAGGUAUAUAAAGGAGUUUUUUCGGGGUCGGAUUUGGUCAACUGGUUGCUCGAAGUUGGAAUUGUCAACAGUCGAGAGGAAGCUGUCCAAUAUGGUCGCUGUUUAUUGGAAAGUAGAGUCCUACAACAUGUUGAUGGUACACAUCACUUCUAUGAUCAAAAUCUUUUAUAUACGUUCAACAUAUAAUUAAAUUUUCAAAUGUUUUUGAAAAGACAAACUAGCUCGAUUCCUAUUCAAUAUUUUAAAUACUGAUUAUUUGAAUAAGGGGAAUGAUUGAACUAAGAUUAUUUAUAUUAUAAAAUCGAAUUUACAUAUUCUUUACUCGUUUAAAUUGAGCAAUCUUUCUCUUCUUAAUUUUCUUUUCAGAAAGAGAAAUCUCUAUCAUUCGCAUAAAACUAAUAACAAAUUAGUUAUUUAAUUAGUAUCAGAAUAUUGCAAAGGGAAAGAUGAAUUUAGUUUUUCGGAAUUGAUCAUGAGAAUAUGUGAAUAGAGUUUGACUAUGUGUGUUUGAAAUUAUUUAAAUGUAAGCACAAAAGAUUAUUUAUAUAAUUAAUUUAUUUGUACAUAGUUCAAUAUAAGAUAGAAAAAUUUUAAUUAUGUGACAUAAUUUGUAUAGGAUCUCGAAAAUAUGAAAAAAUUUCCGAAAAGAAAAAUAUCUUUUGAAAUAUUUACAUUAAUGAAACAUGGCAUAAAAUUUCUUUGCAUAAUACAAUGAUGUAUAUUUCUAUUAUUUAUUGAAAAGCAGUAUCAGUAUUAGGUUUUUUUUUAUUUUUUUUUAUUUUUUUCGUUUGUAAUUAUAUAUAAAAUGAGUAAAGGCUGUGUUUAGUAUAUUACAUACUGCACUCUCAAUAUAUACAGUUUGACAUGAGAAAUCUUUUAAUACAAGAAAGCGAAUACAAGAAUUUGAUUUAUUUAGUAUCUGAAAUAUUUAUGAAUGUAUUUAAUUAAAGAUGGGAUGUAAAUAUGAUGAGAAAGUAAUGAUUAAAAAAAACAAAGACAAAUGAAAUAUAUGCGAAAGAGAGAGAAUUUAAUAAUUUAUAUUGCUGAUCACGAAAAAUUAUAUCUAAUAAGAAGUCAUGAGUAAGGAUUAUACAAUGAAUAUAAUAGCCCAAAAAUUUUUAUUAGAUAUGAGGAUUUAUCUGAUUUUUCCUUUAUAAACUAUCACGUUUUAUUAAAUUGUUUAUUAAAAUGAA